AUGUCGACAUCAUCUGAUCUGUAUGACGAUCUUGUUAAUCUAGCCCCAGAACCAUCUUUAUUGCCGAGUAUCUUAUCGACAACAUCAUCGUCAUUUCAUGAAGACGAUAAAGGUCAAGCAAAAGAUAUCAAUACUUGUUCUUUAACUGAUUUUAUGAAUGCUGAAAAAAAUAUUUUUCAACCAACGCCAGAAACAGACAUGAUAAAAAGUAUUAUUAUGUCUAAUGAGAAUCCAAUGGAAAAAUCUUCUUUAUUUCGUUCAUUAAUCGAACAUACAGAGCCAACAGUUAAUGCUCAACAAUUAGCCGAACAUUUUUCUUUAUCAAAACAUGAGCAAAAACCUUCGAAAUCUAAUCAAAUUGAUGAACAUAUUUUACGUCCAUUUAGUGACUGUGUUGAACAAUAUUAUCGAACACUUCAUCGUGUAUGUGAGUGUACAGAAGAAUUAAAACAAGAAUUACGACAAGUUAAAAGUGAACGUGAUCAAAUGAGUGAAGAUUUAAUUAAUGCUGAAAAUGCUUAUACGGAUGUUAAAAAGCGAAAUGAAAAACUGAAAUUAAUCAUAAAUGAGCAUAAAACGAAUACAGAUACAUUAAAACGUUUCUCAGAAGAAUCUGUUCGCUACACUGAAGAACAAAAACAAAAAUAUAGUGUACUUAAACAGCAUGCACAAGAAAAAUUAAAUGAAGCUAAUGUUGAAAUUGAACGAUUAAGACGAGUAAAUACAUCGGAAGUAGAAGGCAUUCAAACACAGUUACGUUACUCACAAUUACGUGUACAAUCCCUAGAACAGGAAUUAAAAUCUGUUAAACAAGAGCUAGAACAGAAGAAAAAAGAAAACAUUGAAUUGACAAAUAUUUGUGAUGAACUAUUAGCAAGUCAUAAAAGAUAG